UCUUCAUUUAAAUCAUAUUUUAUUGUACUCUUUCACCACAAAUUAAGAUCAAAUUUUUUUAAAAAAAAACAAAUUUGUAAAUACUAAUCAUCAUCAUCAUACCCUGUGUAUCCCGCUUAUAGAAACUAUGAUCAGAAUCUAAAGAAGUUAAAAAGGCGACAACUCAUACCCAUAAAGACAUAUUAUAUUAUAUAUAAUCUAAAGUUAGAGAGAAGGAAAGGAAAAAGAGAGAUCAAAAUGAGCUCAAUAUGCAUUUCAAAUUGUAUAGAAGACACUAGGGUUCCUACAAGAGUACGCGCCACGUAUGUAAACCUCUACAAAUGGCCGGAAUCCGACGCCGAAUUCGUCAGAUCGGUAAGUUUUCGAGGCCCCGGUCACCCGAGGCCGAAAGUAGUGGAGAGUGUAUCGUGUAGGCAAAUUUACUUAAAAAGUUACACUUUUACAAGGAAAGAAAGUGUGAAUGAAAAGACUAAGAAAUGUAUUGGACGAGUCAAGGAACGAGUUGUGAAUGGAAGUAGUAGUAAGAAGAGAUCAAGCAAUGAGUCAAAGAACGAGUUAAACAAGGAGAAGAAAUCAAUUAAGAAUGUUAAAGAAGUAUCAUGUUCAACUCUUAAAUCUAUUUUUAGAAAGUUGUUGUUUUGUUCGGCAAGUGUGGAUGUUGUGGAUGGGAAUGAAUAUGCAUAAUUCACUUGUAAGUUGAGGUUGGAUUUAAUUAAUUAGGUUUAUGGGUUUUUAUCAAUUUUAUAUUACAUUUUUUA